AUGGCCAACAACGACAUUGGUGUAAUUCCCCCCAACGACAAUGGUGUAAUUCCCCCCGGCGACAAUCCUACUGGAGGCGCGAGCCCCACGGGUGACGACAUUAACCCCGUGAUGUUGGUCGCACCUCUUCGCCUCCCGCCUUUCUGGAAGGUCAACCCGACCGUGUGGUUUAUCCGGAUCGAGGCGGCCUUCAACAACCACAGGAUCCGCGCAGACUCAAGCAAAUUCGACUACGUCGUCGCUGCCUUGGAUGAUGCCACAGUGCAGGAAAUCGCCGACGUCCUCAUGGCACCUCCAGCUGAGGGUAAGUACGAUUUCCUUAAGGCCGAAAUUCUUAAGCGCAUGACAGACACGGCCGAUCAGCGUCUCCGCAAGCUGCUUACGCAGCUCAAGCUGGGCGACCAGAAGCCGUCACAGCCCCUGCGUCGCAUGAAAGCUCUCGCGGGCACCGCGGUCGCCGACGAUGCCAUCAGGGUCCGGUGGUUCGACCUACUGCCGCCGUCCGUGGCACGCUCCCUCCGGGUCGUCAAAUCAACCCCGCUGGAUGAGCUGGCGUCUCUGGCCGACGAGCUGAUCCAGGACUACCCGCACGUCGCCGCGGUUCACCCUCAAGCGACCAAGCCCCAGACGGCUGGUCAGUCUUCUGCGCCGACCGUGGAGUCCCUGGCCAAGGAGAUGGCGUCGCUGCUCGCAAGGCGGCCCCCGAAGCAGGUCAAACACGCCAAACCGAGACCCCAACGACCCGUGGUGCUGGUACCAUCGCACCCUGGGGAACAACGCUCGCAACUGCAGGCCACCCUGCAACUUCACCCCGUCGAACCAGGGAAACGAGUAGUGCUGCCUUCGUAUCAGGUGGCGGAAGUCGGCGCUACUACCCCUGCAGAAAAUCGCCUACAUGUGUCCGACAAAACCUCAACGAUAAGGUUUCUCGUCGACUCCGGGUCAGUCGUUUCUCUGCUCCCAGCUUCCCUGUUCAAGAAGCCACCAGCUCGUGCCUCUCUUACGCUCACCGCUGCUAACGCCUCGGCGAUCUCCACGUACGGCACACACCGUGCCGAGGUCAACCUAGGCCUGCGUCGAGCCUUCGUCUGGUCCUUCAUCGUCGCCGACGUCCAGACGGCCAUUCUGGGAGCGGACUUCCUCACGCACUUCAGCCUGCUGAUCGACCUCAAAGGAAAGCAGCUCCCACGAAAGCGACCCUACGACCGGGCUUUUCACCAAGGGUUCUGCGGCCCUUACAACCGGCCACAGCGUCUCGGUCGUCCAGCAGCAGACCUGCCCAAUCUCCCAGUGCUUCACCGCAUUCACACAAACGGCCCCCCAGUCUUCGAGCGCCCUCGGAGACUCAUCGGCCCUCGUCUCGACGCCGCCAAGGACGAGUUUAGCCGUCUCAUGGCCCAGGGCAUCAUCUGGCCCUCCUCCAGCCAGUGGGCAAGCCCGAUCCACCUGGUUCCGAAGCCCGACGGUUCCUGGCGGGUCAGCGGCGAUUACAGGCGACUGAACAGCUGCACGACGCCCGACCACUACUCACUCCCGAUCGUCGAGGACCUUCUCCAGGAGCUGCAGGGAUCGGUAUUCUCAGUAAUUGACUUAAAAAAAGCCUUUUACCAGAUCCCUAUCGCUAAAGAAGACAUCCCGAAGACCUCUCUCCAGAGGACUAUGGACCAUCUUCUCCGGGACCUGCCCUUUGCUAGGGCCUACCUGGACGAUAUCAUCGUCACCUCCGAGGACAACGAAUCGCACCUGGUGCACCUCCGUCGCCUCUUCGAGUCCCUGCGCUCCGCUGGGCUCCGCAUCAACCCGGCCAAGGCAGCCAACAUCUUAGCUCCACUCAACGACCUUCUCCAGGGCCUGCCGCCCAGGAAAAAGAAGGUUGAGUUGACCUGGACGCUAGAUGCAGAAGCUGCGUUGGCUCGCAGUAAGCAAGCCAUCGCUGAUGCCACGACAACGACGUUCCAGCGACCCGACACCCCAAAGCUCGACAACACCGAGAAACGCUACAGCACCUACGAUCAAGAGCUUCUAGCCAUCUACGCAGCCUUGAAAAACCUGCAGCGAAUCCUCGAAGGCAGGUCCUUCACGAUCUUCACCGACCAUAAGCCCUUGGUCUUCGCAGCGGCGCAGCGCUCAGACAAGGCCUCACCCAGGCAAGCCCGUCAGCUGGAUUUCAUACUCCAGUUCAACACGAGUCUAGUCCACGUGAAGGGCGACGAUAACGUGGUGGCCGACGCUCUCUCACGCGUUGCCACCAUCUCCAUGCCUGCCCAACUCAGCGCGAAGAUCAUCGCCAAAGCACAGGCCGAGGACCAUGAGGCCGAACAUGUCUCUACUUCCUCGAGCCUGAACCUGCAGACCCUCUCGAUCGACGACUGCUCCGUCCUCUGCGAUACGUCCACGGGAGUCGUCCGGCCUUAUCUCCCACGGGCUCUUCGACGCACAGCAUUCGAGUUUCUCCAUGGUCUCGCUCACCCGAGCGUAAGGGCCACGACCUGUCUUGUCGCUUCCAAGUAUGUCUGGUCAGGCAUGCGUAAGGAAGUUAGCCAUUGGGCGCGCACAUGCGAGCCCUGCCAGCGUUCCAAAAUCCACCGGCACAACAGGUCCGCCCUAGGCUCCUUUGAGGUCCCCGAGGAGCGCUUCCAGCAUCUCCAUAUCAACAUCAUCAAGCUGCCUCCGUGUCAGGGUUAUAACUACUGCCUGACCAUCAUCGACCGGUUUACCCGAUGGCCAGAAGCCAUUCCCCUGCCCGACCAACAGGCAUCAACCAUCGCCAAGGCUCUCGUCGACAGGUGGGUUAGCCUCUACGGCACGCCACUUACGAUAACAACGGACCAGGGCGCCCAUUUCGAGUCCGCCCUGUUCUCGGAACUCACAAAGCUCCUCGGCGCCAAAAGGGUGUACACCACGCCAUACCACCCGCAGUCCAACAUCAUGGUGAAACGGACCCACCGCACCAUCAAGGCCGCCCUCAUGUGCGACCCCGGGACCCCAUGGCCUGACCGACUAUCGUUGGUCCUUCUGGGGCUCCGAACCGCCUACAAGGAGGACCUGCAAGCCUCUCCGGCCGAGAUGCUCUACGGCACUACGCUCAGAGUGCCCGGGGACUUCUUCGCUACGGAGAGCCAGCCCGUCGCAAACCCUGCCACCUUCGUAGAAGGUCUCCGCCGACUCGCCCAGUCCAUCAAGGCUGCGCCGGCUUCGAGACACGCAGCGGAGAACGCCCCGUUCUUCUUCAAAGACUUGCGGACGUGCUCCCACGUUUUUAAGAGGGUUGACGCCAUCCGCAAGCCCCUCCAGCCUCCGUACACGGGCCCUCACCGGGUCAUUCGCCGGGUCGAUGACAAGACCUACGUCAUCAAUGUCAACGGCUCUCAUCGGACGGUCUUUACGGACGCCCUGAAGCCGGCUUACGUCGAGGCCACUGACUCUUCUCCCUUAGGGGACCAGCCGACCAAUCCUCCCAACGCGCCUCCUGCGGACUCCUCGCCGGCACCAAAGCCCCCCGCGGCGACUCCUGAGACAGCCCCCAAAGACGCCCCUCCAAAGAAGCGGGAAGCUUACUGUGUCAUUAAGAAAUUUAAAUCAGAGAAUUAUGUCAAAGAACUGCAAGGUUUUAGCAAUAAUUUGUAUGAAUAUGCGAUGAGAGUUUUUGAGUAUAUGUACCUUACCAAAGAUUUGAAUCUAAUGUACAAGAAAAAUAAGAAUGUUAUUGCCUUAGACUCUUUUGUAAAUUUAGAUUCGGCAGGUCAAAAUAGAAAAAGAAAAUCUACGUCUGGUUACAUAGUAAAACUUUUUGAAACAUUUUGUUCAAAGUUAGAAAAACGAAUUGAAAUGAAUAAAGACAGUUCAGGAGCUGUAAGAAUAGCAAAGUUUGAAAACAAAGAUAAAAUCAAGAACUUAGGCAGCUUAAAAAACAAUGAAAACACAGAGGGCAUCAUUGACUUUAAAAAGAUUAGUGAUGAUGACAGUUUGGAUGAAAAUAAGAAUGGUCAAGUGACACCAAAACCUUUCUUUAUGACGACCUUUAAGAACGGUAGAAAAAAAAACACAGCAUGA